GUUGCGGCUGUCCUCAUGUGUUCAAUAUUAAGGACAACAUGAGUGGGACCAGCCGUGGUCGUCCUUUCGCUCGCACCCAUUACGCUCGCACCUGCAAUAUCUUUCCCUUUUCCCCUUUCUUGGUCUCGCUUUCCUCAACUUCCUCAACCUCAUAAACUCUGCUUGAGUUCUCAUUGUCCAGACAAUGUCGCCCACAAAGCCCAACACGGAAGCCACCAUGGCAAGCACAGAAGCCACAUCCAACCUCCCAGCACCUGUCGAUACUCCUGCUACACAAGAUGUUACAUCUACUGAUCCCCAUCAUCACUACACUGGAAGCUUUCUUGAUCGACACACCCUGCGAUUCGACUGGACCGAGCCGCCCAACUCAUUCUUCGAGGCAAAAGUCAGAGGCCUGGUAGCCACCCGGAUGCGCUUACGUGACCGACAGCGACAAGAAGCGCUUGUCACUGCAGAGCAGGAAAGGAACGCGCAGGACGACAACGCUCCCACGUAUCUCACCACCGUCGCGACUGCGAGCACUUCCAUGCAGACGCCAGCAACUAGGAAUCCUUCGACACAAGCCCCGGCAAGUAGCGUGGGACGUCCCGUCUCUUCGCAUCAACAACAACUCCAACAGCAAAAGGCCGCAGGCAGGAUUCCCAUACUCCUGGUCAUCAUCCACACAACCAACUUCAUCGAUUUCACCCCGGUCACCAUCCGCACUUGGCAGCGCAACUCACCCCUCGUCAAGUUCCGCCAGAUCCUGUUCGAUACCUCCCACGAUCCACUGCGCGGAAUCAACGCCCUGUCCUACGCGCAAACGCACGGGCUUCUUUGUCUGGAGUACUUGUGCGAGUUCGGCUGGUUGCAUAAAGGGCAUGGGCACGAUGAGGGCGGAUACAAAGGGUUGAUGCUGCAGAUGAGCGUCAAGUUCGAUGGCGAGGCGCCGGAGGAGGCAGUCGAUGCCGAGAAUUGGUGGUGGACGCUGAAUGCGAUGCAUAUCGCGACGCCCAAGGUGAAGAUUGAGGGGGUCCAAGCGAGUUGUUGCUGGUUGAUUGCGAGGCUGGGUUGUGAUGGUGGGAGCAGGAAGAGGAAGAAUGAGGAGGAAGCAGGGGGUGAGAAGAAUAAGCAACGGACGGAGUAGGAAUGGAAUGGUGUGCAGAGAUGUACCUUGUUGAUAGAAAGUUGCUUUUGGUUGCACGUUGGUGUGCUGCACGUAGUAUGUUUUCGAUUUGGAAAAAGACAAGUAAAUGCCUACCGCUCUCGUUCUACACUUAGACUUCCCUUUUCCGGAUGGAGAGGAAUAUCCUCGGUCGCGUAAAGACUUGGUUAAUAGGAGCUGCGGACAUCGUACUUCACGUGUCUGGCAU